AUGGUGCGAGCGCCUUUUCUCAGCUCACUUGCAGUGGUUGCUUUCGCGAUCUUGACUCUGGUUCAUGGCACGCAGGGGAGCCAUGACGGCCAUCUCCCUCCUGCGCUUUCCAACAGCUACAGGAAGAUGGUGAAGCGAGCAUCCAGAGGAGAGAAGCUCAACGGCCUGACCGACAUGCCAGCAAAGGUUCCUGCUUGCCAAUCGACUCUCCCUGAAAAGCACCCUAGGGAGUGUCAGCAGAUCAUCGUCAAGCCCAUCCAUCAUCGUCCAACCACCAAGAAAAAGGAUGAGAAAGUCGAUGAGGAACCAGACCCAGACCCAGACGUUGAUUCGCCCAAUGGACGUCCAAUCACUGACAAGGGCGCCCUUUAA